AGAACUGUCAAAUUCGGCUUCCGCUUUUUGACAACUGCCCCUCAGUUUUCCUUUUCAUUUCUUUUUCUCGUAGAAAUGCCACCCAAAAAGCCAACCGAGAAAUCCGCCAAGCCUGGCGACAAGAAGCCAGAGCAGAAGAAGGCUGCCGCCGCGGCUCCCGCUGCCGGCAAGAAGGAGGCUCCCGCCGCUGCCAAGCCUGCGGCUGCUGCCCCCAAGAAGGCUGCUCCUGCCAAGAAGCCAGCCGCUGCCGCCAAGAAGCCCGCUGCUGCUGCCGGAGCUGCCAAGAAGCCCGCGGUGAAGAAGACUGUGGCUACCAAGGCCAAGGCUGCUAAGGAUGCCAAGAAGAAGAUCGCUGCCGGCAAGAAGCCCCAGUCGGUCCUCGCCAAGCUGUCCGCCAAGGCCCGUGCGGCCGCCAAGGCCAAGAAGGGCGUCAAGCCCGGCGCUAAGCCCACCAAGGGAACCGCCAAGGCCAAGGCUGUGGCUCUGCUGAACGCCAAGAAGGUCCAGAAGAAGAUCAUCAAGGGCGCUUUCGGUACCCGCACCCGCAAGGUUCGCACCAACGUGCACUUCCGUCGGCCCACAACCCUGAAGCUGCCCAGGAACCCCAAGUACCCCAGGAAGUCUGUGCCCACCAGGAACCGCAUGGAUGCCUACAACAUCAUCAAGUACCCGCUUACCACUGAGGCGGCCAUGAAGAAGAUUGAGGACAACAACACCCUGGUCUUCCUGACUCACCUGCGCGCCAACAAGAACCACGUGCGUGCCGCUGUCCGCAAGCUGUACGACAUCAAGGUGGCUAAGGUCAAUGUGCUGAUCCGCCCCGAUGGUCAGAAGAAGGCCUAUGUCCGCCUGGCGCGCGACUACGAUGCCCUGGACAUUGCCAACAAGAUCGGCAUCAUAUAAGCGGUGACAGUGAUGUAUGGAAUGUGCGUCGCGUUCUGCAUCUUCUAUGUAGAAAUUUUUUCUAUAAACAAAGUAAUUGCUAAGCUGACACGUUAGAGCGAGGAUGAACGUUUCAAAGUUGUCUGGGUAUAAUAAAAACCACUCAAAAACUAA